UGAAGCUGAAUUUAUUUUGCAUUUCUGGGCGCUGCUGUAGUUGUAGUAGUGACUAACACCACUAAUAUUACACAGCCGGGGCGAGGUGGCUGAUUUUUGAUUAAUAAAGCAAUUCAUUAUACACUUAUAUCAUCACACGAUGACAAAUUUCUACAGGAAAGCAGAGUAAUUCAAAGAAAUGUUUUGGUUUGGAAUUGCCAAGCUGCAAGUUGCAGCUCUUCGGGGAGCUUUCGCGUGCGCUGCUGUCAACACGAGCCAGGUUAAGAUACUUUUUCAGGUAAAAUGCUCGAGACAGCUCAUUUACUGGGGACCCUACAAAGCAGUCUUGUACAGUACGCAGGCUCUCUCUAAUGAUAUCAUGGUGGAAUACAGACAUGGCCUCCCAGUGAUCUCUCUGCCACUCCCCUCAUGGAGAGAAAGGUGUCGGUUCUCAAUCAAGCCAGUGCUGAUGACUGUGGGAGACUUCCUUCAAUACAUCAGGGAUGAAGACAAAGGGGUUGACCGUGCUACCAUAUUGAACACAGAUGGUGUACAAGUAUCAGUUACUACACCCAUGGACAUUUUGCUGAUGAACAACUUCCAACUGCUUAUCAAUGAUAUCAUCUAUAAUGUGCAUCCUCCAGUUAUAGAUAAGGUGAGUAGCGAGCGUGUCACACAAAUGGAAGAUGUGAAGGCCAUUGUCCACAGGCUGCAUGUAGCUCUGCACCUUCCCACUCAUCAGCUGCUCAAGGAGAGGGAGCUCCUGGAUAAGCUGGCUGAUAUAAAACAGCAGCUGCACCCUUUAGAAGAGGUAAAAGGUCGGUUAGUUCGUCAAGCUGAGGCAAGGACGACGAGACUGCUGUGGGCUGGACUGGCUAUUCUGUCUAUUCAAGGAGGAGCCCUUUCCUGGCUCACCUGGUGGGUUUACUCCUGGGAUCUCAUGGAACCUGUCACCUACUUCAUCACAUAUGGGAGUGCCAUUGGCUUUUACUCCUACUUUGUCCUCACAAAACAGGACUAUGUUUACCCAGACAUUAAAGACCGACAGUUCUUGCAUUACUUUUACCGAGGAGCCAAGAGACAGCGUUUUGAUGUUGAGAAGUACAACAAGCUGAGGGAGGAGUUGGCUAUGGUUGAACAAGGUCUGAAACGCCUUCGGGAACCACUCAAGUUACAACAGCCGAUUCAGCAAAUUGAAGGGAAACAGUGAUGUGGUUUUGUGAUGCUUUUUUUUUUUUUUCUCUCUCGUGUGUGAAAGUGUUCUAUUAAUAAAAGCAAUUUUUGAAAAUGAAAA